CUAAUUGAAAUCACAGAACAAAAGAUAAACAAAUACAUUAAAUCUAUUUUUUUAAUUCUGCAGGUGCGCACAGCACAGAGAAAAUGCUUCAGUUUUUUUGAUUAAAAUAUAAACCAAAUAAUCCAAAAAAUUCAUAAUCGUUGUCCAAUAAUAGCGCUCCUAGCAAUCACUUAUAUGUAUUUUGUAUUUUUUGACAUUAGUAUUUGUUGUUUGUUUGCCGACCGACAGUUGUUGUUGGCAAUUGGUUUGUGUAAAAAUGACUACUGUCCUGGAAAAUAAUAACAAAUUGAAAAAUUAUAUAUUGGCACCGGAAUUGUCCAUCCAUGAUCCACUACCUGAUAUAAUACCGCGUGAAUAUAAUGAAGAGAAACUGCUUCAUUUACCACGGGGCCCAGCAAGUACGAAACUAGUGCCGAAAAGAGAUUUCAUUACCGGCAAGAUUUUGUUAUUUGUGGAAGUCGAAAUAGAAGAUGUGGGAGCUAAUGCAAAAAAUUCGACAUCAAUGAGGCGUGAACCAGGAAAAUUAGAUGAAAUUACCAGGGGAUCGGCAACAAACUACCCAUUUUGGCCAGGUGGAUUUGAUGAACCACCAAAAGAAAUCAAAAGGCUAGAAAUAGAAGGCUUUGAAAUUGAGGGUGAACUGCUGACCACUCCACCGGGCUUUAAAGCCGGCUAUGACUUUACAAAACACGAACAAUUCAAGAACAGCAUCUUAAAGCCUUUCGCUGCAAAGGAAGCGGAAAAGGUUAACUUGUUGCGGAAUCUUGAAGAUGACUUGGAUGUCCAGGAAUGGUUGAAGAUAACCCAAGAAGAAGACAAUUCCCAGGAGGAAAAAAGGUCGACAAUGCUACCGCCUGAAUUUAAAGAUGUGGACGAUGACAUAAUGGCAACAGAGUUAAAGCCGGUUUUGGAAAUAUCCACAGCUAAGGACAAAACUCUACAGACCGAAUGGGCAGAAAUGUUAGAUAUUUCACAUCCAAUCACAGAUUUUAAGGAAAAAAUACCCUGUCCGGCUAUGUCAUUUCCAUUUGAACUGGAUACUUUUCAAAAGCAAGCCAUUAUCAAAUUGGAAGAACGCCAAUAUGUUUUUGUGGCUGCCCAUACGUCGGCUGGCAAGACUGUGGUAGCAGAAUAUGCCAUUGCAUUGUCUCAACGAGAUUUGACAAGAACCAUUUAUACUUCGCCUAUUAAGGCUUUAUCGAACCAGAAAUAUCGUGACUUUAAGAAGACAUUCAAAGAUGUUGGUCUCAUAACUGGUGACCUUCAAAUCGACCCAACUGCCACUUGUUUAAUUAUGACCACAGAGAUUUUGAGGUCAAUGCUCUAUUGUGGCAGCGAUAUAACUCGUGAUUUGGAAUAUGUCAUAUUCGAUGAAGUGCAUUACAUUAACAAUCCGGAAAGAGGCCAUGUCUGGGAAGAAGUUAUUAUACUAUUACCAGAUCAUGUCAACAUUAUUAUGUUAUCUGCCACGGUGCCAAACACCAUGGAAUUAGCCGAUUGGGUGGGUAGUACGAAAAAACGUAAAGUCUUUGUUAUUAGUACUCUGAAGAGACCAGUGCCGUUGAUGCAUUAUCUUUACACGGGAUCGGGAGGUAAAACUAAAGAUGACAGAUUUUUAUUGGUCGAUGACCAGGGACGCUUUUUGCAAGAAAACUAUGAGAAGGCAGUGGAAAAGAAAAAGGCUGCACAAAGUAAAUCGAAGCAGAUGUCCGGUGGUACAGGUCCCAAACAUCAAACAACAACACCCAAGCAGGAUCAAAAUACAUGGAUAGGAUUGAUAGACUUUUUAAAACGCAACGAUCUUAUGCCGGUUGUGGCAUUCACGCUGUCACGAAAUCGAUGUGAUAUGAAUGCCCAGGCCCUAAAUUCCAUUGAUUUGAACACAGCUCGUGAAAAGGGCUCUGUUGAAAUAUUCUUCCAUCAGUGCUUGUCUAAGUUGAAGCCACCAGAUCGUGAAUUGCCACAAGUUUUACAAAUGAAAGACUCUCUGAGUCGUGGUAUAGGCGUGCAUCACAGUGGCAUUUUGCCUAUACUAAAGGAAAUUGUUGAAAUGUUAUUCCAAUCAGGUCUUGUCAAGUUGCUCUUUGCCACCGAGACUUUCGCCAUGGGUGUUAAUAUGCCAGCCAGGACGGUGGUCUUUGAUUCGCAUCGAAAGUUCGAUGGCAUGGAAGUCAGAAACCUAAAACCCGGCGAAUAUAUUCAAAUGGCUGGAAGGGCUGGCCGAAGAGGCCAUGAUAAAAAUGGCUGUGUGAUUUUAAUGUGUAAGGCUAAUGUACCACCAGCUCAAGAUUUGCGUUCCAUGAUUUUGGGUAAACCAGAAAAACUGGAAUCACAAUUUAUUUUACGCUACGCUGUAAUCCUAACUUGCCUGCGUAUAGAAAGCAUUAAAGUCGAGGACAUUAUGAAAUUUACAUUCAAAGAAUUCAAUCAGAAACUACAGCUGCCGGCUCAGCAAAAACAAUUGGAAGUUGCACAAAGCAAGUUUUCGCAAAUGCCAGAAUUGGGUGAACAUCUGCAACCUUUGUGUAAAUUUUAUGAUUUGGCCACAGAAUAUAUAGGCGAAAAACAGCGUUUAAUGAGAUUUUUACUGGCUCAGCCUAAGAUUGUCAAAGAACUAAAAGUCGGACGUGUGGUUUUGGUGUGCAAGGGCAAACAUUAUAAUAAGCUUGGUGUGCUUCUAUCGAUGAAAGCGGUACAGGGCAAAGAAACCACAUAUAGAGUUUUAGUACUUGAUCAUCAAUUCAAAAGCAAUGAAAAGGAUGAUUUCUAUAGAGGAGAAAGUUAUUAUAAAAUGAUUGCCUUAACGCCACAAUUUAAGUACUACCAUCCAGAAGGUAUUGGUGGACAUACAAUACUGGAUCUUCAUGCAGCAGAUUUUGUAGAAAUCACCAAAACGAAUGUAAAGAUUGAUGCUGACGUUAUAAUACGUAAUUGGGAACAACGACAGAUUGAACGAUUUAAGGAUUCACCACCAGGAGCUUCAGUCGUUAAGCUGGUCUCGGAACUACAUCAAUUGAAUGAGAACUAUAUACAAAAUAGCGAUUCAAUCAAGUUCAUAAACAUGUCCAAAGAGAUUAAUGUUAAUGCUGAAACGGAAAUGGCCCAAAUUCGUUAUUUGGAACAUUUAGCCAAACAACUGCAAGAUGUGUUGCCACACACAAAUAUCGCUGGCUUUGAACAAGAAUUUGCCAUUGUAUACGAACGUAAAAUGUUGGAACACCGCAUUGAAGAAUUGAAAUUUAAAAACUCUACUAAAAAUCUAUCCCUCUACCCGGACUACUGUAAUAAAUUGGAAGUGCUUAGAGCAUUGAAAUAUAUUGAUGAACUAGAUGAAGUGACGUUGAAGGGAAAGGUGGCAUGUGAAAUGGGUCAGAAUGAAUUGUUAAUUACCGAGUUGAUACUUUGUAAUAUGUUUAACAAUUUAGAACCUGCAGAAAUUGCAGCUCUACUCUCAGGCUUGGUCUUUCAAGCCAAAAUCCAAGGGGAACCUGUUAUACCGGAAAAACUUAAGAAGUGUGUCAAAGAAUUUGAAGAAAUUAAUGAUAACAUAUUAUCUGUCGAGCUACGCCAUCAUGCCGUUGUACAGACUGAAGACCGUUUAAACUUUGGCUUAUUGGAAGUCGUUUAUGAAUGGGCUCGCAAUAAGCCAUUUGCCGAAAUUAUGAAAUUAACCGAAGUCCAGGAAGGUAUUAUUGUUCGGUGCAUUCAGCAAUUAGAUGAAACAAUUCGUGAUGUUAAAACUGCUGCCAUACGUAUUGGCAAUCCAGCAUUGCAAAGCAAAAUGGAAGAAGCAUCGAAUGCCAUUAAACGUGAUAUUGUAUUUACAGCUAGUUUAUAUACAACGUUUUAAGUCUGAAAGUUUGUCGUUUCUUUGUCUCUCAUAACUAUAUGAUUGUAAAUUUUUUCUUAACAGAAAUAAAAAUGAUAAUAUUUUUUUU